UGAUGCUGCAGCCAAGAUGGCGUCCGCGGCGGCUGCGGCGGCGUGAGGGAGAUGCUCCAGGUCCUCCCCGACAGAGGUGGCGGCUGUGGCCUCGGCCGGGGCCUCGGGUCUUUCCCGGGCGUGAGCGUUCAGGCCCCUCCCGGACAAAGAGGAGACGGCCGCGAAGAGAGGAGGCAGUGAGGAACCGAGAGAGAGCGCGGUGCCUCCCGCCCCGGCACCAUGGCUGGGCUCAUCAAAAAACAGAUCCUGAAGCACCUCUCCAGUGAUCCCUGCUGGCUGUGGUGGAGAUUGGUGUGCUGUGAAUUUCCUAAUCACCCAAAUGAGUACCAGAGGAGUCUAAGAGACCCUGGCAACUGACUACUUGCUUUCAUCAGGAAUAGGGACCUUUUGUCUGAAAUUUCCUGCCCUCAGAUUUACCAAAAAUUUAUCUCCUGACAAGAUAAAUCUAAGUACCCUUAAAGGAGAAGGUGAACUGAAGAAUUUGGAGUUGGAUGAAGAGGUGCUCCAGAAUAUGUUAGAUUUGCCAACAUGGCUUGCUAUCAACAAAGUUUUUUGUAAUAAAGCAUCUAUUAGGAUCCCAUGGACAAAACUGAAAACACAUCCCAUCUGUUUGUCCCUAGAUAAAGUAAUAAUGGAAAUGAGUACAUGUGAAGAACCACGAAAUCCUAAUGGCCCAUCACCAAUUGCAACUGCUUCAGGACAGAGUGAAUACGGUUUUGCUGAAAAAGUAGUUGAGGGAAUUACUGUUUCUGUAAAUUCUAUUGCCAUCCGCAUUGGAGCAAAAGCCUUCAAUGCAUCCUUUGAGCUUUCCCAGUUACGGAUCUACAGUGUAAAUGCAAACUGGGAGCACGGAGAUUUAAGGUUCACUCGUAUUCAAGAUCCACAGAGAGGAGAGGUUUUGACAUUUAAAGAAAUAAAUUGGCAGAUGAUUCGAAUAGAGGCAGAUGCUACCCAAAGUUCACAACUUGAAAUUAUGUGUGCUCCUGUUCGAUUAAUAACCAACCAAUCAAAAAUCAGAGUCACACUUAAAAGAAGAUUAAAAGACUGCAAUGUCAUUGCAACAAAGUUAGUUCUGAUAUUGGAUGACUUAUUAUGGGUUUUAACGGAUUCUCAGUUGAAGGCUAUGGUGCAGUACGCAAAGUCUCUUAGUGAAGCAAUAGAAAAAUCAACAGAACAAAGGAAGAGUAUGGCUCCUGAACCGACACAGAGCUCUACAGCAGCCCCGUCUACGCAGCAGGUGAAGACACCACAGACUUCAAAUGCUCCUGAUCUGAAUGACGCAAUUGUGAAGCUAUUCAAUGACUUUGAUGUUAAAGAAACCUCCCAUCAUUUAGUGAUUUCUCAUCUAGAUCUACACAUAUGUGAUGAUAUUCAUGCUAAAGAAAAAGAGUCAAAUAGACGUAUCACUGGAGGAGCUAUGCAACUAUCUUUUACACAGCUUAGUAUAGAUUAUUAUCCUUACCACAAAGCAGGAGAUAGUUGUACUCAUUGGAUGUAUUUUAGUGAUGCAACCAAGACAAAAAAUGGAUGGGCCAAUGAAUUGUUACAGGAAUUUGAGAGCAACGUUGAGAUGCUUAAACAGGCUAUAAAGGAUCAUAAUGUAGGUUCACCUCCUAAAUCACCAACACAUGCCUCUCCCCAGCACACACAAACAGAGAAAGAUGCAGCUCUGAAAGGGACUUCCAGAACACCUUCAGUGUUAUCUCAACAAUCCAAAGCUAAGUUAAUGUCUAGUUCCCUUGUGGUUAGGCUCGCGGAUUUCAAUAUAUAUCAGGUCUCUACAGCAGAACAAUGUCGCUCUUCCCCGAAAAGUAUGAUUUCGUGCAAUAAAAAAUCCCUGUAUCUUCCACAAGAGAUGUCAGCUGUCUAUAUAGAAUUCACAGAAUAUUAUUAUCCUGAUGGAAAGGAUUUUCCAAUUCCAUCUCCCAACCUUUAUAGCCAGCUGAAUGCACUACAGUUUACUGUGGAUGAAAGAAGUAUUCUAUGGUUAAAUCAAUUUAUAUUGGAUUUAAAACAGAGCCUUAAUCAAUUUAUGGCUGUAUACAAGUUGAAUGACAAUUCAAAAUCUGAUGAGCAUGUUGACAUUCGAAUUGAUGGCUUAAUGCUAAAGUUUGUUAUUCCUUCUGAGGUGAAAUCUGAGCGUCAUCGGGAUCAACCACACGCCAUUUCUAUUCAGAGUUCUGAGAUGAUUGCCACAAAUACAAGGCACUGUCCAAACUGUCGACAUUCCGAUCUAGAAUCCUUGUUUCAAGACUUUAAAGAUUGUGAUUUUUUCAGUAAAACAUAUACCAGCUUUCCCAAAUCUGGUGACAAUUUUAAUCUUUUGCAUCCAAUCUUCCAAAGACAUGCUCAUGAACAAGAUACCAAAAUGCAUGAAGUUUACAAAGGAAACAUUACUCCCAAAUUGAAUAAACACACUCUUAAAACUUCUGCUGCCACAGAUGUUUGGGCUGUGUAUUUUUCUCAAUUUUGGAUAGAUUAUGAAGGGAUGAAAAGUGGAAAAGGACGACCAAUAAAUUUUGUAGACUCUUUCCCUCUUUCCAUCUGGAUUUGUCAACCCACAAGGUAUGCACUGUCUCAGAAAGAGCUGCAGGCUUGUAAUCGGAUAUCUCUAAACACAUCACAAAGUGAAUCUAGUGAUCUGACUGGCCGGUUGAAGCGGAAGAAGCUCUUGAAGGAGUAUUACAGUACAGAGUCCGAGCCCUUGACAAACGGGAGUCAGACAUCUUCGUCAGACACAUUUUUAAGAUUUUCCUCUUCAUCAUCAGAUGCAGAUAUUCAUGUCCUGGUUCAUGUUCAGAAGCACAUCAGUAUGCAGAUCAAUCACUACCAGUAUCUGUUGCUGCUUUUCCUUCAUGAGUCACUCGUUCUGCUUUCAGAGAACUUAAAGAGCGAUGUAGAAGCCGUGACUGGCAGUCCUGCCAGUCAGACAUCCGUUUGCAUUGGAAUUUUACUUAAAAGUGCAGAAGUGGCUCUUCUACUACACCCAGUGGAUCAGGCAAAUACUCUCAAGUCUCCCGUUUCUGAAAGUGUGAUCCCUGUUUCUGAUUAUGUGCCUGCAGAAAAUGGAGAGUUCUUGUCUUCAAAAAAGAAACAAGUUACUAGUGGCGUAAAUCAAACCAGAAGUGUAACUGUUAAUCAUAAGUCAGACAACCGAUCUAUGAGUGUUGACCUUAGCCACGUCCCUUUGAAGGAUCCUUUGCUUUUUAAAUCAGCUAGUGAUACAAAUCUGCAAAAAGGCAUUUCUUUUCUGGAUUAUUUAUCAGAUAAAAAUUUAGAGAAAAUAAGUGAAGAUGAAAGUACUGGAAUUCUUUGCAAAAGUGGCUCAGGGGAAAUUGGAUUAGAAACAGGCGACAGAAAGGACUUAACUUACGCAGGUUCAAAUAGUGUCUUUAACUACAGAGAGGAUUCAGGUUUGCUGCCAUUUGGUCAUUAUGGUAAUCAACACAUGCUUUCAAAUAGUGUAACUAGUAAAGGAAAUGAAGCCAUAGAAGCUAUCUUUAAAGCUGAAGAUUUGCUUCCAGAAACAACUUCACUCUCUGAGAACCUGGAAAUGGGUAAAGAAGAAGCACCCACAGUUAGAACACUUAAAUCACAGUCAUCUUUAAGGAACGUGAAAAGAAGCUCCUCACAAACCUCACUGGAUACCAUUUCACUCGACAGCAUGAUAUUGGAGGAACAGUUGUUAGAAAGUGAUGGAAAUAAUAGUCAUAUAUUUCUGGAAAAAGGUAUUAAAAAGAAUUCGAGUACAAAUUAUCAGAGCCCAGCAGAUAGCACAAAUGCCAGUGUAAACCUACAGAAUUACGGGGAAGCGUCUCCAGAUGCCGUCAGUACGACUUCAGACAGUGCUCAAGAAAAUAACGACCUGAUGUCAAUCGUGAUGUUUAAAAUUACUGGUGUUAAUGGGGAAAUUGACAUACGAGGAGAAGAUACAGAAAUCUGUCUUCAAGUGGACCAAGUAACACCAGCUCAGUUAGGCAAUAUCAGCCUUCGGCAUUACCUUAGUAAUCGUCCAGUAGGUUCUGAUCACAAAGCAGUUAUUCAUUCCAAAUCCUCUCCUGAGAUUGCUCUGAGAUUUGAAAGUGGGCCUGGUGCUGUGAUACACUCUUUGCUUGCAGAAAAAAAUGGAUUUCUACAAUGCCAUAUAGAAAACUUUAGCACUGAGUUUCUUACAUCUUCUCUUACGAACAUUCAACAUUUUUUGGAAGAUGAAACUGUUGCAACAGUGAUGCCAAUGAAGAUACAAGUUUCUAACACAAAAAUAAAUUUAAAAGAUGACAGUCCUCGCAGUAGCACAACGGUGUCCCUCGAACCAGCUCCCGUAACCGUCCACAUUGACCAUCUCGUGGUGGAGAGAAACGAUGAUGGCUCCUUUCAUAUCAGAGGCAUGUAUGAAAAAACAGAUUCUCAGAUACUUAACACUGGAAGUGAUUUGAAAGAAAAUGUCACACAUGAAUCAGUGCUGCUCACCAGUGGAAAGUACGACCUGAAGAAACAGCACAGUGUCACGCAAGGCACUCAGACGAGUCCUGAGGCUCCUUGGCCUCCUCAGUCAGUUAACUUUGUUGAGUGCUCCUUUGGCUUUACUAGGGAACAGCUCUUGGAAGAGAACGAAUCUCUUAAGCAAGAAUUGGCUAAAGCUAAAAUGGCUCUUGCAGAGGCGCACUUGGAAAAAGAUGCUCUUCUUCAUCAUAUAAAGAAGAUGACAGUCGAAUAGUGGGAGUGGCAGUCCGAAGCUCAAACUGUAACUCUGGAGGCUGUAUUUAUGCUGUGAUGUUUACCAGUUAGCGAGAGAAUUUCCUUUUCAUGAAAAAACAAUAAAAUGAAAUGGAACAUGAUGAAGUGGUGACUAUUCCAAAGCCAGUUUAGGAAAUACUAGGUACGAGCAUUACAAUCUUUUGGUUGUUUUGUGUUUUAGAGUUGAAACCUCUUUUAAACUGGUGUGAUAGAGGGAAAGUCAACACAUACGGUAAAAUAAUUCCAUGCCUAAUGAAAAGAAGCUGUCAUUUCCUAAUUUUGAUACCACACUAUAGGCAUUUUUUAAAAGAAAAAUGAAAUCUAUUGUGUUCCACAGAUAAUAAUUACUAUUAUUUACAAAGUUGCAAAUGCUUUUAAGGCUAAUGUAAAAUAAAAGGCUUACAUUUUAAAUGUUAUUAAAAUAAUGUACUUAAAUCUAUAAUUAUUUAAUUACUGUAAAAAAUCCAAUCAGAUUAAUAAAUUAUAUAAAUACCGGGUUUGAAAGUUCUGGAAAAUCAUCACCUUACUGAACUUAUUAAGUAACUUGGAGGUGUGAAAAAGAAAUUAUUUUAAAUGAUGGGUAAACUGUGUAAGUUGAAGCUAUAAUUUUCCACAAGAUGGUAUAAGUGUAAAAAUAAAAAGCAUAAACUAUAAAAAGCAAAACAUUAGAGUAUAAGGCCAACUGAUUUAAAAAACAUUACUUGUACAUUCCUUGAAAUAUUUAUUGUUAUAAGCAAAAGAAUAAUUUAACUAUCCCACUAAAUUUGUCAGCAUUUAUAACUGUAAUAAUUUUUAUUAAUACUAUUUGUAUGAUUUCUUUACCUUUAUCUUUUCUCUGUUUAAGGAGGGGAAUGUUUUCAGAGAAUUUUCUUUACACAUACAGAAACCAAUUUGAUACCAUUCUUGUAGUAUCAGAUUUAGGUAGAUGUUUGCACAUACCCAAUUUAUAUAGCUAGUUUUGAUUAAAGUUCUUUGUGACAUAUAUACUUCUAUGAUAAUAAUAUUGCUAAAUUCUGAAUUCUAUUUUCUAGGAAUUGUUACGGUUGAAGCCAACAAGAGACACUCUCAGUCAUGCAUUAUGAAAUACAAGUUCAUGAGUGUUUGAGAAAGAGAGGCUUUUAAAGAUUUAAAAUAUAUUUCUGAUAGAAUUAAACUAAGUGGGGGUCUAUUUUAAAAUUUAAAUUCUUAAACAUAAACAUAUCGUAGGUAGAAGGUAAAACAGCUGGACUGCUUUUCUUUAACAUACUUGAACAUUUUAAACGAUGUGACGACGCUCUAUGGUGCUUUGCUUAUUGGCAUGACUUACAUCGCCAUCCCUGUGUCUGAGUGCUCGGAGGAGAACACAUGUUUCGUUACUUAAGUGUUGGAGUGACUUAGCUUUUAUUGAAAACAGUACUGGCCUUUUUUUCUUCUGUAACACCCAUUUUCACUGACAUGAUUUAAAAUACAGGCCCUGUUUUGGGAGGUGAGGAUACAGCAAAGAACAAAUUUAAAUUGUUAAUGGUUUACCUCAGAGUAUUUAAAAGUUAUGUGAAACCAUGUUAAUCUAAAACUUUGUAGUAGUUGUCUUAGAUUAAAAGGGAGGUCUAAUUAAAGAUUUGAGCUGUAUAGCUAAUAUCUUUUUUCUUUUGAUUUAUGGUACGUAUUCAAGAAAUGCAGCCUCUCAUAUAGAAAAGCAGCUUUGAUGAGAAGUUAACUUCUUCAGAGUUGACAUUGCUUCUCAGGAUUGACCUAUUUGCUCUCUGUAAAUUUUAAAUUUGUGGUAUAUUUUAGUUAGUGUUAUAGAAGCCGAAUUUUUAAAAUAUUUUUUCCAUUGGCCUUCUCAAGAAAGUCGUAUACAGUAGAGAUGCUAACUAAUAUGGAUCUGAGCAUUCCGUGUGCUUUGUUGGAUUUUUAAAACAUGUAUAGUGUGUGCUGUUUUUAUAGAGAUUUAAAAUUCAUAAAACACUUCCAAAAAACACUGUCUCAUGUAAUUUCCACAAAAGCAAUGUGGGAGGUAGGUAUUAUUCACAUUUUAGAAAUUAAAUAAAAACCCUAAGGCUCAGAAAAGACAAGUCAACUUGAUUGAAAUCACAAUUAAUACCCUGCUUUUUUUUACUUAAAUCCCAGUUAUAUGGUCAUUAAUUCAUACAUUUUGCCAUGGGUGGGGAGCAUCACUUACUGUCUUUUAAUCCAUUUUUCUUUUAAAGAUAAAUAUAAUACUUUUAAUGGUGUGUGUGUGUGUGAUAGGUAUUAUUCAAACUGCUUAAAUGAUAGUGAGAGGAUUUUUUAUUGCUUCCGUGAAUUCCAGCCUUUUCGGUGGUCAGAAGUAUAGGAAUAAGCCUAUACAAGACUUACCAGAGUCCUUACAUGACUGCAAAUUACAAAUAAAGUUGCCAUAUCUUGAAAAUAUUUUUUCUAAAUCUCUAGCAGAGAUAUUAGUGAUCAGGGAAAAUAAAUGGUACUUGUGUUUUGCAUUUCAAUUUUGUGAAUGUGAAAAACAUUUUCUCAGUAUCUUGUUUUUAUUUUUUUUUCUCAUUUUAUCUUAAAAUUUCAGAAGGUCACCUUAUGGUAAUAGUUGUGAUGAACAUUAUUUUUAAGUCAUGUUAGAAUGGCUGCAUAUGAUUGCAGGCAAUUAUAUGUGGCUUUUUAUUGUCGUUAUUGUUAUUCAAUACUUGAGUUAUAACUUCCUCUUUAACAAGUUUUUAUUAACCUCAGUUUUUCAAAGCAUCUUCUAUUUCCGUGAAUGGCAACACCAUCACCCUGCUUUUCAAACUAGUAACCUUGAAUUCACCUUAGGCACCAUUCUCUCUCUAACUCUCUCUCUACCCUUACCCCUGUCAAUUCAUUACCAGGUUUUGUCAUUUUACCUUGCAAACAUCCCUCCAAUUUGUCUAGUUCACUUCUCACCACCUUUCUAAUCCAGGCUACCAUCAGCACCUUUGCCUUGAAUUACUUGAAUUGCCUCCUAACAGGUCAUCCUACAGCCACUCUGGACCUCUUUGGUUCAUUCUGUAGGUGCAGGCAGAGUUCUUGUUUUUGAAGUGCAGUUUUAAUCAAGGUAGCCCACCUAUCCCUUUCUUACCCUUAGCUUAAAAUACUUUAGUGACUUUUCAUUGGUCUUAUGAUGGAAAAAAAAAACUAUCUUGUAACCUACAAGGUCAUAGAUUAGGGCCACCAUUUACUUUAUAUGGUAACUCUAAGCAUUGAAAGACUUAAUGUCUCAUAAAAUUAAAACUGUGCCAGUAGCUGGCACAUCACCUUAAAAAGCACCCAGUAGAAGAUACUAUUGCUAUUGCUUCGUUAGCCUCAUUGUGUAGCAUGUUUCAGUUACUUUGUGUUCUGCUUUGGUUGCACUUUAAGUAUCUGGAAUAAGUGAGAAUAGUGUGCUUCUUCCACAUUGGAAACUUGUUCGUGCCAUUCCUUUGAUUUGAAAUACCUUUCGCUACUCAUCGUCUAGUUAAUUUCCAUUUGUCUUUAAGAUCUCCACUCAUCCCCUUAUUUCUGUCACAAAACAAGACUGCUGUUACACGUAAUUACAUGAACACAUAUCUCUAGUUAGCUUUGAACACUUUUGUAAUUGUAAUAUGUAUUUGUUAAUGUAGACCCUCUAAAUGGUAAACCCCUGACAACAGGAAUUAUGUUUUUGUUGUU